UUUGUGUGUUGAAAAUUGUAUCGACAAAAAUAUCAAAUCAUCACGAAUGACAAGGACAACUUGUAAUUUUUCAUUAUCGUGCGCGCUAGUUAUUACGCUGCUCGCCGUCAUCUUUCCCGCAUCCAAUUUCAUCGCCGACGCCGACGUUAGCCACCACGAGGAAUGGGUCGUCGAGAUACUCGGAGGAUCGCAAGUGGCGUCGUUAUUGGCUGCUCAGUUUGGCUACAGGCAUUAUGGCCCGGUUCUCGGAUUCAAGGACACAUAUAUAUGGCUCAAGGAUGAUAAUCCGAGCCAGAAGAAAAGAGGAACUUCUGGCUUAACGAAGGCUCUUAAUGCAAAUUUCAAGAUCAUCCGAAGGAUGGAUCAACAGAAAAUUGUGAAACGAUAUAAACGCGAUUACAUCUCGUUAGCCGACUUAGAGUUUGAAAAACCAUUAACGAGAGAAAAGCGUUCUUUUGAGUACUUAAAUACAUGCAAAUUUGCAUCAAAUGCCGUUGACGGCAAAGAGGAAAAUUGCAUAGGACAUAAAAGGAUGUUCAACGACGAGCUUUGGGAUCACCAGUGGUAUAUGCUGCCACCGGUAAAAGAAAAGACGAAUUACGGUUCGCUCACUACGGCUUUGCCGGAGAUCGAUUUAAACGUUCUGUCUCUCUAUCGACUGGGGAUAACCGGCCGUGGGGUAAGAAUUGCUGUUGUCGACGACGGUUUGGAACAUACCCACGAUGAUCUGCGGAACAAUUACGAUCCGAGCAUUAGUUACGACAUAAGCGACCGUGACAACGAUCCUUCGCCAAGCUAUAAAGGGGAGAACAGCCACGGCACCAGGUGUGCCGGCGAGAUCGCAAUGGAGGCCAACAACCGGAAAUGCGGCGUCGGUAUUGCCUACGACGCGUCUAUUGGCGGCAUCAAGCUCCUCGAUGAACGAGGAUCCUCAAUGAUUACCGAUCGCAUGGAAGCCGAGGCUCUCGGAUACAAGCUCGAGCUCGUUGACAUCUACACGUCUUCCUGGGGUCCUCAGGACAAUGGAAAAAAUUUGGCUGGACCCGGUAUACUUGCCACCAGGUCCCUCGAGCGUGGCAUAAAGGAGGGUCGUAACGGUAAGGGUAGCAUUUACGUGUGGGCUUCUGGAAACGGUGGUCCCGAAGACGAUUGCGGAUGCGACGGAUACGUGGGAAGUAUAUACACCGUGGCUAUCGCAUCGGCCACUCUAACCGGACUAUCUCCUUAUUAUGGCGAGGGAUGCUCUGCCAUGUUUGCCACAACUUACAGUGGCACGGGCAAAAUCGCUUGGGACAACACCGUUCGGGACAAUCCGAUAGUAACAACGGACUUGAACAACACCUGCACGAUCAAGCACUCGGGUACUUCAGCUUCUGCUCCAUUAGCGGCCGGGAUACUGGCACUCGCGCUGCAAGCAAACGGUAACUUAACGUGGAGAGACGUUCAGCAUCUCAUAGCCUUGACGUCGGAAUACUUUGGCAUUUCUUCUAGGGGGACGUGGAUACUGAACGCGGCUGGAUUUCUUUAUCACAGAAACUUCGGUUUUGGACUUAUGAAUGCCUACGCGCUGGUGAAGGCGAGUCGAGACUGGGUCACUGUGCCGGAGAAGACCGUUUGCAAAGUGCACAACAACGGGAACAUCAGACUGGUUUACAAGAAAACAAUAGGACUGUUAUUCAAUGCCGUGUGUCGAACACCGGGGAGUGAAAUAAUGUUUCUGGAGCACGUGGAGAUCGAAACGAAUAUCAAGUACUCGCGUCGCGGCGCGUUGGAGAUAAAUCUGACCUCGCCUUCAGGGACCGAAGUCCAGAUUCUGAACUCAAGAAGGGACGAUAAUUCGACCGAAGGUUUUAAGAAGUGGAAAUUCAUGUCCGUCGCGACUUGGGGCGAAGAUCCUUACGGAAGGUGGACUUUGUGGAUAUCUGACACAGUAGGCCCGGAGCAGAAUACUGGCAUAAUUGGACCAUUUACACUGAUUCUGCACGGCACCGCGCAAAUACCGGCGUAUUGCAAGAACCCGAACAAGUUUCGAUCUCUAAAGAUUCCCAAAACAUUUAAAUUCUGUUCCGGCGAAGACUACUAGAAAAUAAAAGAGAGUUUACGAGCAGAGCGACUUCAAAUAAAGAUUAUCCGCGUGUACCACAUUGUCAUUAUUUGCGUUAUUUAUGUAGUUUUUUUUUGUCGGAGCAAAUGUUGACAGCAUAUUUAAUGCGAACGAAGUUUACACAAGCGCUCCGGGCGAAGUAGGUCUGCGGAAUAUCCAUUUUGUGUGCCGUUCGUGGUACACGAGCUGCCUUUAAAUCGUUACGCGAAGUCGAGCGACCCUCUUUGUUGCGGCGACUGCCUCAUUUAAUACGUUAAUGGUAAUGAACACAGUUCCGAAAUUCAAGUUACCACAAAACUCUAACUCUCGUGUGGGCGAGUGAACGUUGCGGUUAACUGAAUUAAAACGCGCGUAUAUAAAUUGUGGUUUUUCAAUCAUUUUUUACACGGAGGAGAGAACGAAUUUAAUAACAACCUUUAAAUGUAAAAUAAUCGAUACGUAAACGUCGCAUCACCACGUAUUGUGAAUUCUCUUGCAUUAAACAAGAGUGUAAAUCUCAGAAUUUCUCUCUCUCGUUGAAAAUUUCUCCGAAGCAAAUUUCUCCUCGAAUAUUUUCGCCUUAAACCUACGUAACCCUCUUUAUAUGCGCCAUUCGCGAAGAAUCUACAUAUCUCGGCUUUUCCGAUCGCGAAAUGUCGCAAAGAUUUAAGAAUGUGCGCGCGUAUGUACCCAUUUUGCACGUAUCAGUGAUUGCCGUGGGAAAUCAACAGAAAAUGUAAAACGAGAAAAGUUGGAAUUUACACACGAUCUGUAUUAAUUUUUUUUUUCGAAUGCACGAGAUGUGCGAAUCGACUCAACGAAACACAAAGACGCACGAAGCGAAUGAAAUCCUACUCCUCGCUUAAAUG